AACUGCUUUCCUUUUCUUGCUUAGAAAUGCAACCAGCUCAGGACAAAACUUGCACAGAUCAUUUUGUCCAAAGCAUGGAACCUGUGCUAGAGCUACCAAAGGCCUUGGAAGAGAAAGCGGACUCACCAGGUGAGCAUGGAAGCCAGGAUCUCACCUGUCCCAAAGGAGGCAACGGGGCAGCGGUCAAAGGGCAGCCUUCACACUGUGGCGAAGAGCCUCCGUGCCAGCAGCUCUCCUUCCGACAGGAGACCCUGGACCAGCAGAUCUUGGAGUACAUGGAGGUGGCUCUUUUCCUGAGUCCAGAAGAACAGCAGAGGCGAUGGCUUGCCAUUCUGACCACUUUUCUGAAGGCCUGUGAGCAGUCAGAUGGCAGCAUCUAUUUUCCAAAUAUCCAGCUUUUAGCAAGUGAAACUUCGAGUUUUCUGGUGAAAGAAAUCAAGAAGAAAAUGAAUGGAAACUCAGUAGAAGACGCUCGACUGCUUGUGUGGCAAUUUCUGCAGUGGAAGGGAGAGCUGGAAUCUGAUGGUUACCUGCUGCUAAAAUCAAUCUACUCUCUUUCACUCUACACCUCGGAACAGGAAGUCCGCUGGAGUUUAAUCAAGUCUGGGUUGCCUGUGACGAUGCUGCAGUGCCUCCACCUCUUCUUCGUGUCUCCCCUGGAAGCAGCUCCUGGGGGCAGGGAAGAGGAGGACCAGGCCCCACAGAAGACCCAAGACAUGCUGGUGCAGACAAUGGUCAAUAUUUAUGCAGAGAAACAAGGAGUAGAGAUGCUUCUCAUGUCCAGCCAUCUUAAAUCUUUGAUCCUAGCCAGAUCCUCCCUCUGGGAUCAAGGCAGCCCUGCUUGGAAACAGCCUACAAGCCAAGUGCUACGGACGAUUUCAAAGGCCCUUUCGGAGACCACCAUUUCAUACCUGCAAGAUUCCAUCAAAAUGUCUAUCCACAAUUUGUCAGAGCUUGAUGAUUCCUUGCCUACUUGGGAAGUAUGUGAAUCCAUCAAUAUUAUCCUGCAUUUUGUGAGGAAUUCCUAUCUGAUUUCCCCAGCCUUGCUUUUGGAGUUUGAGAACAAUGGGGGCCACCAGCUGCUGUUGAAAUUUUUUUUAAGAUUUGAAGGGCCACUGGACAAAAAAGAAAAUGCCAGCAUAAAAGAAACAUUGGACUUACUGACACAAUUGACACUUUGUGGGGAAACUGAGCUGACUGUUUCAGGCAAUAUAGUAUAUCCACAACUGCCACAGUUUAAUGAGAAACUGCCCCUUUCUUCUGGAAAAAGAAUAAGGAACCUGAAAGCUUUCCAAGUACUAGAACUGCUUUUUCAGAGAUCCAACAACCCAAAUCUCUGCCAGUACAUUUUGCUUGUCCUGAAAUCCAUCUGGACGUGGGACCCCAUGAACUUCUUCCUGCUUGAGGGGUCUCUGCAGCCCAUCUGCCAGUUUGUGGGGAUCAUCCCUCUGAAGCCCUUCCAGGUCCAGGCUCAGUUCUUCCAGCUGGUGGAGUCCGUGGUGGAGGACCUGUCUUACAUCCCCCACGAGAUCCUGAAGAAGGUCCAGGGCCUGAUCCAUGAGAACGCCGAGCCCUCCUGCGCCUCGCUUGCCUUGGGCUGCCUCCACAGCAUCGCCCAGAGAGACCCCCUCUUGACGGAUGUCUUCAGGGACUCUGGACUUUUAGGAAUGCUGCUUGUUCAGUUGCGUAAAGAAGCCAAAAGGCUGAUAAAGAAAGGAAGCACUCAAUCAGGUCCUGGGGUGUUGGAACCUGAGGGUCUCCUCCUCAAAUGGAUUCUGAAGAUGGCAGCCACUCUGGUGGUGGGAUCUGUCAGGAACACAGUGAUUCUCAGGGACUACGGCAUGGUGCCCUACAUCAAGAUUUAUGUGGAUAGCGAGCUGUACCGAAGAGACGCCGUGAAGAUCCUGGAGCAGUUGUCCAUCGUCAACCCUGAGGAGUACAUGAGCUCCAUUGUUGGGGCUCUCUGCUCCUCUACUCAGGGUGAACUACACUUCAAGCUGGAUCUACUUAAAUCUCUGCUGAAGACCCUGGUGAGCCCCAAGGGUCGCUCCGCCUUCAGAACCAGCGGUGGCUUCAACGGGCUGUUUUCCCUUCUGGCCGACAUGGAAGGCGCCUUGCAGGAUCCGCCUUUGGGCGCCUGGGCCUCCUUUGAUCACAGCCACAUACUAGGGCUGAUCCUACGCAUCCUCCAGACAAUGGCAGCCGCUCUGCACUUGGACCCUGCCAACCAGGACUUCUUCCAGAAGAACGGCCUCUUUGAGAGGAUGGCGGAGGACCUUGGCAUGCUUGGCUGCUUUUCAGCACAAAGAUGGGGACAAAUUCCUAGGCAGAUCAACAAACCUCGAUCCUUUGUUGAGCUUUCAGAUACAGCUGUUUGCUCCCCUGAGCUUUUCCCACCUGGGCUAAAAAGCUGCAUCAGGAUAUUCAGCUUCCUGGAUUCCAUGGCCAAGAUGAACCCCUUCGACCUCAAGAGCUGCUUGGAAGAAACAGAUCCUCCCAUACUGGGCAUUUGGGAUGGGACAGAAAACCCACAAGAAGAUUCUCCAGGAAAUCUUUGGGACCAUAGAAAGCCUAACAAAGUGGCUGCCGUCCAGCUGCCGGAACCCCAGAGCAGGCCACGAGGGGAGGACUCGGUGAUUGUGUGUCCUGGAGCCCUCUGUGUCAUGGUGACGUUGAUGGGCAAACUCUACAGUGAAGCUUGCCCUGAGUUAUCCCUGGAGAUCCAAUUCGCUGUGGCUGACCACAUUCAAUCCUUGAUGGGCUUGGAGAAAAACCGCCAAGGGGCUUGUGCAGCUGGCCUGCUGGGCAGCCUCACCAGCUCCUGCCCGGAAGUCCUGCACGAUGCCAGCAGCCCCCUCCACCCGCCUCUGAUCCGGCUCUUCGAGAAGCUCGCCUCCCAGUCCAUUCAGCCCGAGGUCUUAAGGCAAUUCCUGUGCCUACGGAUGAUGCCCCUUCCCAUCGCUCCUAAAAAGCACAAGUGUGGCAGAGAGGAAUUGGAUCGAGUCCAGAGGGGGGCAGCCCAGAAGAGGGUGACCUUGCAACCCAAACCCUGCGAGAAACUGCUAAAAGGUUCUGGAAUAGCUGCAUGGAAGGAGAGCCCAAGGGACACGCUUUGCUUGAGCUCUGACCCCCCGGAGUCUUCUGCAAUGGCUCUCCAGACGGCCAUGAGCCUCGUUUCCUUGAUAAGCCCACGCAGCCUGCAUCUGCACAGUGCCUGCCUGGCCCCUUCCUUCGUGGAGUUUGACAUGUCCCUCGAAGGAUACGGUUGUUUGUUUAUCCCAAGUAUGGCCACCAUUCUAGGCCAAAGCACUGAACGGUCCGUCUUGGGAGGAACCGGAAAAGGCAUCAGGCGGUUCCCCCCACCAGAUGGCCUCACUUUCACCUCCUGGUUCCUGAUCAACAAGAUGUGUUCUGCUUGUGACUACCACCCGCUGCGUUUCCUUACCUUGAUGCGCCACAUGGCGAGAACCGAAGAAGCCUUUGCUUGCUUUGCUGUGAGGUUUUCUCCCCUAGAAGGUUGUCUCACCAUCUCGACGGAGGAAGUGGCAUUCGAGGCUUUGGACACGAUGGUACCCGAAUUUGAAGAUGAGACCUCUCUCCUGUGCCAAGUUCAGUUCAGAUGUGCUCCUCUGCUCGUGACGGGACAGUGGCAUCAUCUUGCUGUGACUGUGGCAAAAGAAACAAAGCAGAUCUGCACCGUUUCAGCCUACCUGAAUGGCAGCCUGGUGGGCUCUGCGAAGAUGCAGUACAUCCGGUCGCUGCCAGGGAGCUUCACUUCCAUGGACCCCGCUUCUUUUAUUGAUGUCUUUGGCUUUGUAGCUACACCGCUGAUGUGGAAAAAGAGGUCUUCCUUGUCUUGGCGCCAAGGCCCCAUGUUCUUAUUUGAAGAAGUUCUCUCCGUGAAAACUCUGCAGCUUAUGGAAAAACUUGGUCCGAGAUACUACAGCAAUUUCCAGGCUGUGGAGCUUAGAGGCUCCUGCGGCCACAGGCCGAUGGCUCCUUUGGUUGCACCAGAGAAGAUUUCCUUCGGGAUCAACACCAGAUGCUCCUCUUAUACAACAGUUAAAGACCUAAAAGACAGCUAUGGCGAAGUGGAUGGGCGCCUGGUGGCUAAAGAGCUGAAGCUGUCCUCUCGUGAUGCUACAGUGCCUGUUUUCAUGGCUCAAAAUACUGCUGCAAAACUCCCUGGGUGCUUAAGAACGAUCGGUGCUGUUGUGGUGGGCCAGCAAGGUGCCCGGGUCUUCCAGUCUUGUCCGGCAGUGGUCAGCCUGAGCUACCUGGGCGGCCCUUCCCUUCUGCUGGCUCUGCUGGCCAGGGCUCAGGAUGACCACACAGUUUAUGCGGCCGUCAAGGCCUUGCAGACUGUCCUGAGCUGCAGCGCAGUGAGUGACCGCCUGAUGGGGGAUGAAGGGUAUCAGAUUCUGGCAUAUCUGUUGAAAACAAAGGCUCACCUAUUAAACAGCAGAAUUCUACAUCUCGUUCUUUCCAUUGGUGGCACCACAGAAGCUGGCUUAGAACAGUCGACAAUCAAGAACUUGAAGAUCUUCCAACAUAUUGUCUGCAAUUUUGAGCUGUGGAGCCCCGCCUUGGAAAACCUGGACCUGCCUCUCUUCAAACACCUCACGGAAGUCCUCCAGCCCUCCAGAGAAGAGCAGAGUCGAUGCGGAGCAGAAGGUGACCUGGAUGAGAAUCUGAUCGGAUGGCUGGAAAAGAAAAACCUCUCUCUCUCUCUCUCUUCUUUUUUUUUUAAAAAAACCCAUCUCUUUGUCUUUCAUAGAGGAAAGAGUUCGGCCGUGGCCCUCAUCCAGCAGGUCCGGAUGGUGCCCAAGCUUCUCCUUCUCCUUGGGGAUCCUGGGAUCCUGGCCUCUCGCGUCCGUCGGAUCUCUCUCCUCCUCCGCCAUUCACUCCAGGGCCACUUCAGCCUCAAAGAUUUGUGCUGGAUUGGCUUAUUCUUGGUUUACACUUUAUGUCCUGCAUCUAUUAAUGAAAAUGAGAUCUUCUCCAAUAAUAUUUCACAGCCAUUUGGACAAGACUUAACUCAGGCACCUGGGAAAACGGUCUGGCUUCGAAAUCAGUUGUUAAGCAUGCUGCUAGAUGUAAUACAACCGGAGAAACUUCAUUUGUCCUCUGAGAUCCAAGAAGAAAUGUUCCAGGCCUUGGGCCCUGACUGGUUCCUGAUGUUUAUGCAAAGUCACGUCCAUGAAACCACAAUUGUGCUGGCAGCCAAACUGCUCUUCCAUUUCCUGCACAAGCGUGCUCACCUGCAUGAGUUCAGAGAGGGGAUGAUGGCGGGCCGCUGGCUGAGAAACAGCUUAGAGGGGCUGAAUAUUUUGACUGACAAUUUGAAGAGUUCCCCGCAGUUGUUUGAGUGCCACCCAUAUCAGCUCUCUGGAUUGACGGAGCUAAAGAUGUUCCUGAGCAGCUCAGCCCACAUCCCUGAGAUUUACCUCCUUCUCUCAGGACUCCUUCUGGACACACCAGUGUCCGACCCACCUGAUGAAACUCAAGCCGGCCUGGGUGCGAGGCUACAGUGGCUGCUGUGCCACCCCCCCACGGAGGCAGCAGUCCAAGCCGGCUUGUGUGCAGAGGCCGCCGUCCUGUUGCUGGAGAUGGUCUCGUCCCUCACCAGGCAGAUUCCAGCUGAGGGAGAGGAUUCCUGGCAAACCAGCUUCCUAAUGGACGUCCUGCACUUUGUCCGUCAGCUGUACCACAGAUACCCUCAGGACCCACUCUGGUCCAGCUCCCCCUUCCUCCGAGCCCUGGCCUUGGCUGCCUUCCCCUCUGGGCCACCCCAGCCUCCAGUUAGGAAAGAAGUUUGGGACUUGAUUCACCUUCUCCUGAGGGGAAUAAUGCUGCUGGACUGGAGGGACAAAAGUUGGCACCCACUGGAGUUCAUGCUUGAGGCCUCUCCAGAGAAUGCAGCUAUUGAGCAAAAGAUGUGCUUCCAGACAGAGCUAUUGCUUUCCAUUAUAGAGAUUGUCCUUGAUCAAAAUUACAAGGAAACCUCCAGUUUAACAGGAAACGGUGAUACCAGGAAUGUUUUGGAAUCUGCAAGGCCUUAUUUUCUAGUAAAUGUUUGCUAUUUUACUCAGAAGCUGGUAAGCAAACUUCACGAGGGAGUGUUUGUCACAGAGCCGAGGAAGACCAUCCUUUUCAUCUCAGAGCAAGUGCAACUGGUGACAAGAAAACUUUUUCCCCACAAAGAAUCCAUGAUGAGCAAUUUGUACAACUGUUUGAACCGCAGCAUCCUGUACUAUUUAUCGAAUUCUUCUUCUGGGUCCCAAAGUCUUCUGGAAGUUCUACAAACUCUUCAGAUGCAGUGGGAUAUCAUCUUUGCGGUGCACAAUUCGAGCCUGGAUUUCAUCACAAGCCUUUUGUAUUGCCUACUACAACUGAAAUCUAUGAGCUACCAUGAAAAGGGUGAGGCAAAAUGGAUGACGACUUCGAGUUCCCCCAUUUUUCUUGGGCCGGGAAAAGAGGAGGAGAGGACCGGUGAUCUUCCUGGCCUGAAGGAUGUUCAGCAAGAGAUCCAGAGGGCAGCUGAGGAAAUCUGGCUCUGCCUUCUUUCUAGAAGAAGAAAGGAUUUAGAGGAUGCCUAUAAAACCUCUUUAUUUAAAGAGAAGGGCGAUGGAGAAGAGACCAUGAAGAUGGCUGAUGUGGCUCCUCUUUGGGAAGAGGUCAUGAGGAAGACCUGGCAGGGCUUUCUAGCGUCAGAAAAGAAAAACUCCCAGAGCAAAAUUCUCGUCAAUGCUUCCAGCAAGACGAGUGCUUUGAAUGAAAGCCUGACUCCUGGCAGGAACCUGAAACAGGAUUUUACGUCAUAUUUAGAAAAAUGCAGGAGAACUGGCCAAGAACUGUACGCGGUUUUAUGCAAGGAUCACGUUGAGAGGCUGCUGUGCCUCCACUCGAAGUCUGCCAAAGCCUGGACAGACCUGGAAGACAGGCUCUUUAGGGAGGGGGGCCCGUGGGGGUCUGCGGUAGCUUCUCCUGUCACCAGGUGGGUCCUGGAUGCCUAUGAAGGUCCUGCUCGGAUGAGGAAGAGGAUCCGGGUCAGAACCGCCCACACGGAAACCUCGCAGAACAAGGCCCAACAGACCCAGAAGGAUGCAUCUGCUGCUCCAGCUCUUUUGGAAAAUCCAGGUGAACGACCAGCCCUGACUAGAGAAGGAGAAGCAGGUCGGGAUCAGCUGACAUUUUUUCCUGCCCUGCAUGAACACCUCCAUUCGGAGGAAAUCUUGGAAGUUUGUGUGGAAAGGAAAAUCAUCCUGCAGGAAUUAGUCCGAGGCGAAAAGGUUACCUGCCGCCUGUCUGUGGUGAUGGUUGAUGGACACGUGGUGUCGGAAGGGGCGCUUCUCCUUGGCCGGGACCACUUCUACGUCUGCAGGCACUUCACUCUGUCCCACCUGGGGGAGGUUUAUUGCACCAGCCAUUGCUUGUCCUGCAUCAGGGAGCCAUUCAUUUACAACUUGUGCUAUGCCACGGAAGCCACGGCUGGAGAGCCCAUGUGUUCCUGCCAUUCCUUCAGUGACAUCAAGGAGAUCCGGCCGAUGCAUUUCCUUCUGCAGGAUAUAGCACUGGAGGUCUUCUUAAACAACGGCUAUUCCAUUUUCCUUGUAUUCCACAACAGCGACAGGAAAAAAUUCUUGACAAGAUUUUCUUCAGUGAAAUCAAAAGGUGCCACAGAUGAGUCUACUAAUAUAAGAAAACAAUCAGAGGAAAAAAAGUCCUUCCUGUUGAAGUGGCAGAGGAGAGAGAUCAGCAACUUCGAGUACCUCAUGUACCUGAACUCUCUGGCGGGACGGACGCCCAGCGACCUCAUGCAGUACCCAGUGUUCCCGUGGGUCCUUGCAGACUACCAUUCCCUGACUCUGGACCUGACCCAUCCAAGCACCUUCCGUGACCUCUCCAAGCCCAUGGGGGCUCAGACGGAGGGCAGGAGAGAGAAAUUCAUCCAGCGCUUCAAAGAAGUGGAGAAGACCGAAGGUAACCUCUCAGCUCAGAGUCACUACUGUACCCACUACUCCUCCGCCAUGAUCGUGGCUUCCUAUCUGGUCCGCCUGGAGCCCUUCACAGAAACCUUUCGGACUUUGCAGGGCGGGGACCUGGAUGUCGCAGAGCGCAUGUUCCACAGCGUGAGGAGCACCUGGGAGUCAGCCUCCAGAGACAACAUGACGGAUGUCCGGGAACUGAUACCUGAAUUCUUUUAUCUCCCUGAAUUUUUAACAAACCACAACCACAUUGACUUUGGAUGCUUGCAGGAUGGGACCCGGCUGAAUGAUGUGGAUUUGCCACCUUGGGCAGGAGGAAAUCCUCACCGCUUCAUUAGGCUGCACAGGCAGGCCCUGGAGAGUGAUUUCGUCAGCAGCCACCUCCACCACUGGAUCGACCUCAUCUUCGGCUUCAAGCAGCAGGGCUCAGCCGCCGUGAAGGCCGUGAACGUCUUCCACCCCUAUUUCUACAGCCACCAAGGGCAAGUGGGCAGCCCCGAGGACCCUCUGCUCAAGAGCACCGUCCUGGGGUUUGUCAGCAAUUUCGGACAGAUCCCACAGCAGCUUUUUACAAAACCACAUCCUUCCAGAAAUGCUGUGAGCCUGAGGAAACACUCAAUGGGGAAAAACAGCGUCCUUUUUCCUUCUCCGGCUCUCUCCGUCAGUAAUCUGUAUAAUCUGAAACCGUCAUCGGUUAUUCCCAAAGAGGCACCACAUGGGCCUGUGGGUCAUAUCGUAUGUACAGAAAGGGGGAUUUUGGCUGUGGAGAAGAAAAGUCUGUUGCUUCCUCCGCUGUGGAAUAAAACCUUUUGCUGGGGAUUCAGUGACUUCACCUGCUGCCUGGCUGAUUCUGGAUCAGACAAGAAGGUGGCUGUCCUGGAGGCUCCGGCUGACUGGGGCGACUGCCUCUGCGCUGUGUCUCCCACACCCAGCAGCCUCAUCACGUCCGGAAGCAGCGCCGUGGUGUGUGUCUGGGACCUCUGCAGGAGCCCAACGGGGCCCCCGGCCUUACUUCUGAAGCAGCCUCUGUAUGGACACACGCAGCCAGUGACCUGCCUGGCCGCCUCCACGGCCUUUGGCCUCCUGGUGAGCGGCUCUGCGGACGGAUCCUGCCUCUUCUGGGACCUGAACCAGCUGAGGUGCCUCACCCGGCUUCCUGCACAGGAGGCCGGCCUCUCGGCGGUUGCCAUCAAUGAUUCCACGGGCGAGGUGGCUUCGUGCGCUGGAGAGACCCUGAGCCUCUGGACCGUCAACGGGCAGCCCCUGGCCAAAGGAAGGGCCCCCUUAAGGCCCGGAGGGAGCCUCUCCUGCUGCUGCUUCUUCGAGGUGAAGGACUGGGACGCACAGGGUCUCCUUGUCACGGGGGACACAGGUGGCUGCGUGCAGGUCUGGAAGCUCGACGCCGCUUCCCCAGAGAGGCCGGGAGAGGAGCCGGUGGGCGAACAGGCCGGCAAGCGCCAAGCCCAGCAGGGCGGCCGAGCGGAGAAAGCGGCCUUUGUCCUGCACCGAGAGCUGCUGCUUCCCACGAGCCCCGCGGAGGGAGCCCAGCGACCCGCCUCGCCCGUCACAGCCCUGGCGGCGUCCAGGAAUUAUUCCAAGCUUCUGGCUGGCAAUGAGGACGGGAAGAUCAUCUGUUGGUCAAUUGAUGAGUAGAAGGAAGAAGUACGGCGUAAAUUUAAAUCCCAGCAAAAGCUCCUUAGCCGAGUCAAGGAUGGGAUGGAUCUGACUCACCUUAGUCGAGAAAUGAUUACCUUGGGUAGGGCAGGUGGGAGAAAUGUUCAGGACUAUUUGGCCCCAAAGCCUCUCCUCUGGGGCCUUGCCAGGCUGAGAUAGCAAGUUCCCCCUGGAGUUUUCAGAAGGGCCCAGGCCCAGGGGAUCUGGGGGGCCGAUUUCUCCGGUGAUGAACUGGCAACUGAGACAGGGGCGAAAAUUCUCCGAUCUUUGAGAGCCUCUUUCUGCCCUCCCCAGCACCAAGGAACAAAUUAAUCUAUGAAAAUGCUCAGCUCAACUAGUAUUACCUAAAUAUUAUUGAAUAACGCUGGGUCUUAUUUAUUAUCAAUAUUUUUGCUUUCCUGAAACUUUAGCAAUGGAGGAUUAAGUUUCACAGGAUUCAUCCUGAUAUCUGAAUUUCUGGCAGUUUCUUUUGUCCCUCCCUUAAAAAAAAAAAAAAGGCCACACAACCACAGAUGUUGACUGAGACCCUGCUGAGUUUGUGUGGAGGAAUUAAAGUUUUCCACUCGGCCUUUUUUCUUCUUCUGACUAAUAGCAACCAGAGUGGCUGCUCUGCUUGCCCAGGAGCCGGUCUGAGUUGACUCCGGUCUCCUGGACCAGAAGCAGGAACCAAACUGAAUUGCACCAGAAUGGUUCUUGGGAAGGAUGAGAGAGAGACGGGAAAGCCACCCUUGGGGUUCUGGGGUUGCCCCUACUUCGGUCUUGACCUUUCCAUUUCUCUGCCCAGCCAAGCCCACUUCAGCUCCCAGGGGUAGCUGCACCUCCGUUUAGCGCUGGAUGCGGUGCUUUUCCCUGGGAGAUUCUCGGUAGAGGCUGCGCGGUUGCUAUUUUGGCUAUGGAAAAUAAACUGAGCUCACCAAGUCUGAUCUGGGCAGCCUGUAGAUGACCGGAUGGCCUUGUCAGCAAAAAGAAGGUUGAACGACAACUGUUCAUUGCGAUAGUCCACAGAAGGGAAAGCCAACGGGGGCUCCUUCUGCCACCCAGGCACCCCAGAGGCCCAGAGAAGA